ACCCUGCCUCCACUUCCGCAAACAUCUUUAAACGUGCACCUUGUGCCAGUCUGUACCGUUUGCUAAUGUACGCAAGUUUCUAACCGACGUUUCUGCGUCAAAUGACGGCCCGCCGCCAAGUGUUUGCGGUUGUUGUAGUAACCGUUUGCGCGCUCGUCGCUCCUCUGUGUUGCGUGAAUGUGAACGUGAAUGCGGGUGACACUCGGCACAAGUUGAACGGCUCUCACGUCGAUUUCGACUCGUUCGGAGAAAAGUUUCCCCGCGAGUAUGACGAUGUCAACAGCGGCGACUUUAACCGGCGUCGUCUCCAUUUCCAGGAGGCUACAAAGCGACAUGCGUACUUGAACUCAUUUUCCACUGCACCACAGUCGGCCCAGUAUGGUCUAAACCUCUUUUCUGACCUCUCACAGGACGAAUUCAGAGAUCUGUACCUGCGAGCGAGCGUGGACGGCGCGCCACACUUCUCUGGACCGAAGACAGAACGGCUCCCGGCCAAGUUUGACUGGAGGGACAAAGCGGCAGUGGCGCCGGUCCAGAACCAGCUCGCAGUUUGCAGGGGAAGUGAGUGCGGGAGUUGUUGGGCGUUCAGCGUGGUUGGUGCCAUCCAGUCUGCACACGCUAUUGGAGGCUCACAUCUGCAGCAGCUCAGUGUACAGCAGGUUCUGGACUGCUCCUUCAAAAACGAAGGCUGCAACGGAGGCUCUCCUGUCAGGGCUCUGAAUUGGUUAAAACAGACCAGAGUGAAACUUGUGCCUCAGUCCGAGUAUCCCUACAAAGCCAGGACGGGAAUCUGCCAUUUCUUCUCUCAGUCACACGACGGCGUCGCUCUGGUGAACUUUACCGCACAUGACUUUGGUGGCCAGGAGGAGGCAAUGAUGGGUCAGCUGGUGGAGCGUGGUCCCCUGGCUGCUGUCGUGGACGCUGUCAGCUGGCAGGAUUAUCUGGGAGGAAUCAUCCAGCAUCACUGUUCCAGCCAACGGUCCAACCAUGCUGUUCUGGUCAUUGGAUACGACACCACUGGUACAUGUUGCCUCCACGUUGGGGAUAUUCCGUACUGGAUCGUGCAGAACUCCUGGGGAACCACGUGGGGCAACAAGGGUUAUGUUUACAUAAAAAUUGGCGGCAACAUUUGUGGUAUUGCGGAUUCUGUGGCAGCAGUUUUCCUCUAACAACAUCACGUGUAUUUCUGGCAUUUGUUGGUGUGUUCACUGCUGUAAACUCGAAAUCAGUCAACUGCCGCCAAGCGUCGCUGCGGCGAGUGUGAAGGCUCCGAGUCCGAGUCCUCGCUGCUGCAGUAGGAGCUGUCGCAGUACUCGGCCAUGUAGAGGAAGGUGUGAACGUUGGGAUUCAGCUUGGGCACCCAGUGGCGAGGCACCAGGAACGUUGCCAGGUUAAAGAGAUCCACAAACACUUUGUAGCGGUCACUAAAAGCUGGAUAUCAUGUGGUUGACGGGGGUUUAUGAGGGAAUGUGACUUGGAGAUUUUAGUGUCUCUGCUGCCUUGGGAACCAGCAUCUGCACCAGUGCUGCUGUGGUCAGCAGCAGAAGCUUAUAAAUAUGAAUCUGAAGCAAGCACACAGACACACACUGUGUUGACAGAGGUCCCCUAGACAAUUGAAGAAAGCUGAAGCCUUCUCUUACUGCAAUGUUCUCCCUCUCUUGAUUCAGCCCGUCAAAUAUAUUGAUUUCCAGCCGUUCCCAGAAAUUGAAUCCGUCCACCUCCAAACCAGGAGUUCUCUCCAGCCACUCCUGAGAACAGGUGGCUGGUGUUACCUCGACUAACUUCAAGAGUGUGGGCUCCUGUUCGGUGGCGAGCAGCAUCUCGCUGUCAUGGCCACUGAAGUUGUCCCUGUAAUGUUUCCUGUUGUAUGGGACCCUGUGGUUGUCCGGGACCCCGAUUUUAUUCUCCAGGAGUCGAAACUGAAGACUUUGGAAGCCGGAGGCUGGUGACAGGUCAGAGGGCGAGCCGACGUCAAGUCGUUGGAACCGAGGAAAGUGGAGAUGAUGCCGUUCUGGUCCACCUUGCGGAUUGUGGUGCCGUCGACGAAGUAGAUCAGGCCGUUCUUGUCCACGGCAAUGCCUGAGAAAACAAAGCCCCACAACGCUGUGAAGACGACAACAAAAGUGGACCUGCAGCUUUUUCUCGGCUUGCAUGACUCGGUUGGAUGGAACACGACGGAUACAUGUGUCACGCUUGCCUUCCCAUUAUUCAGGUCACUGCAAAAAGCACACCUAUCAAUAAUUCACACGCUGCUUUUCUGGUAUUAAAUAAUUUCUCAGACAGAAGUGGGAAAGGCUGUAUUCAUAUGGUACGGUAUAUAUGCACUCGCCACGUCUUGUAACCUCUCUUUCUUCCUCUUAGAAAGGAGGACUUGGUGAGGUGGGGGUGUCAAUGAGUGGUGCGUUUGGGACGUUUUUUUGACAGCGGCAAUCAUCAACAAUCUGCACACCAUUUUAGAAAUGAAUGAGCUGGGGAGCGGAAAUGACAGCUUCGGCCAAUUUUAGAUGAAAGGGGGUGAACGACAGUUGCCAUGGUGACAACUGUGGACUAAAUUGUCUUGGUGAUUGAGUGUCAGCUCGGAGUUGGAAGUUCCAGCCAAGCCAAUGUGGAGCUACAUGCGGCGAGACUAUUUUCUGUUCUCCGCCGCGGUUCGUACACGCUGUGACUUUGGGUUUAUUGUUCAAGACCGAGGGAGUCUCAAUCUCAAGAUCGCGUGCAGUUGAGCUCUGGGUUUUUUGUCGGUGGUUAAAAUGUUCUUAAGGAGCAUUAUGUUCACUUUUACCUCCAGGUGAAUUCAUUUUUCAAUGAAGUCUUUAAACACUUGCGAGUGGUUUGGUUUGACCCUGUGGUUCGGCCGGCACAAGGUUGCUAUCUGCUAAAUCAUUGACGAGCUGAGGGAGCCCACAGUAAAACCUCGGGAGCUGGCUAUCUGACAGUCUGAGAUUCUCAGACAGAUGAAAGGUGUCACAUUUGAGCAGAGAUCACCAAAUGUCUGCGAGGAGGCAGAAAAAAAUGGAGCCAUCUGCUGUUUCUUCCCUGGUCUCGGCUUCCACCCACUUCAUCAUUAGAGAUGCUCCCUCAAAUUUCCUUCACUCAUGCCUUUAUCGCCCAGCUAAGGCAGAGCUGUUGCAGUUGGCAUUCAGUGCGGGCAACAACGAGCGCAGAGCAAUUCAUCUUUGCCUUUUCAUCCAGAAGAAUUGAGGAAAAAAAGUGAGCAAUCGAAGCACAAAAUGGCCGUGUGCUAUUUGAAUGAGGACAGCGGGUUGUUGCACAGUUGCUUUUGACGUGUGGACGGCUGUUAUUUACUCUUACAAUAGCUGCAUGGGUGAAGAACCCAGAUAUUUACAGGGAAUAUGUGUUCAAUAGCUCUGCACUUCCACAGCUGCUCCUGAUCUAGAGUGGUCAGUGAUGUGGGUCUGUCAAGAGGGGUGUUUUCUUUUUAUCUGCACACAAAAUACCUCAUUGGACACUUGCAGGGAAUGACAAAUCAAUAAACAAUAAAUGCAAAUGAUUAUUAUCAUUUGCACGACGGCGGCCACUGUUGCUCGGUGUCCACCGCAGCAUUAUUCAUUUACUGCAUGACAGUAAAGAAUCUUGAAUCUUGGAGCCGCGCACACCUCCAGUUUGAUUCCACGUUUUCCAGAACAGUUGGAGGCAUGUUCUUGUCAUGGUUUCAAAGACGACGGUAACCAUGGACACUUGCUCGAGGAUAUAUGAAGAUAUCCGCCAGUACCCGCACAUGGACAAUUCAGCAAUCAGAACAAAAAAACGAGGAAAUGACAGCGAGCAGUGGUGAGAAAUCGCGACUACUGGAAGGUAAUAUGAGGUUACACGUGUGUGGAACGCCCUCACUUGGACCAUCAUUUGGAUCUGAAUGUAACCACGGGCGUGAACAUCCUGGACAUCUGUGCUUAGCUCUGUGAGCUAACUCUCAGCACUGGAAGAACACGUGCAUAAAUGGACAUUUUCUUUCACUAAUUUAUUUAAAAAUGUUGGUAAAACUCCCUUAAUUCUUAGGUGUCUGAGAAUAACUCUAGGCCAAACCAUUCAAUUAUUCCAACCAGGUGCCAGAACUCCACAAAGGCAACGCUAGUCCUCUCAGCUCAUGGUUAGUCUGAACAAGUUAAAACGAAAGGUGUUGGUAGGCGGCAGCUGCGGCAGCGCACUGCCUUGAUUUAUAUUUCUGAGCCGACAGACCUACUUCAAAACAUGAACCAAGGGCUAAAUUUGUACAUUAAAAUCUGCACCCAGUCAUUAAAAUAAUGGAAAUCUGGAGGCUCCGAGUUGGCACUGAGCCCCGUGGGCACAUUAAUUUAAAUCCCCAUCACUGUGGUAUACCUCUCCACCUCUCCAUUAAGCUCAACAUCUUCAUCAGUAUAAAAACGAUACCUUUGGGUCCAGUGAGAGAAGCCUCUGGAGCUUUGCCUCCGUCGCCACAGUGGUUCUCGUCGAAGGGCAGACAGUGUUCGCCGGUUCCUGCCACCACCUCUGCGUUCGACUGCAGGUCCUUGGUUCCGGUCAAGGUCUUGGGCCGGUAGAUCCUCCGGGAGUUGGUGUCCGACACGUACAGCUGGCCACUCACUGGGUUAGUUGCCAGGUAAUAUCUGUGUGCUGGGUUGUUGCUGCGUUCAAGAUAAUAACUCAGUUAUAUAUAUAUAUAUAUAUAUGUGUAGUCAUUGCUUUUUUUUUCUUAUAAAUGCCACAACAGUGCAGCUAAACAGACCAUUAACACUGCUAAUAUAAAACGUGACCUAGUGCAAUAAUCUCUGCAAAAUACCUGCAGGAAAAAAAAAAAAUCUAAAUGUCACCCUAUACCCCUAAUGAAAUUUAGCCUGAUUUUCCUUCUGAAUAAAACAUUCAGUCAAGAAUAUCACUCCACUGUAUCUCUCCAGAGAGUUAACACUGUUUUCAGUAUGCAUUUAAUUUGUAGAAAAUACUGAGAAAAUAUUCUGAGGAAAUUCAUGGCAGUGUAGGGAGUUAUUUAAGGGCUAAUAGCAAACUCCUGGAUUCCACUUAAGACUAACAAUAUUAAAGAACCUCCUUCAGAAUCACAUAUUAGCUUUAAUUGGCUUCAAAGUGUUGACGGUGAGUUAAAGCUGAUGCUCGAUCAGGUUGUUUUCUUCUCAUUAGGAAUGCCAUUUUCUAAAACACACACUGUAAAAUGGCGGCUUAAGUGGAGCAUGUUUUCUUUCUCCCUGUCCAAUCGCAGCUUUAAAACCACCUUAUUAUCAGUUCAGUCCUUCAGUCCUUUACGGGGACAAUCAAGUGAAGACGGUGACACAAAAGACUGCCUCUGUGGUAGUUUCAUCUGGAUGUGGAUGCAGGGGCCACGUGUUGCCAGGACGACACACACACACACACACACAAAUGUUGACUCACAAGCUAAAAUACAAUAUCAGCUAUUUUUGUGCGAGAAUUUCCUCAGCAGGAGAGAAGAGGGCAGAGCCUUUGAGAGAGGAUAAGUAGGAGACACAGAAGGUUGAAGAGAUGGACGUCAAACCAAAUUUAACUGCAGUGGGGGGGUUCCAGUUUACAAAGCAGAAAUGACAACUUGUGCGCCAGAUCAUUUCAUUUGUUGUUGCUCCCCUGUGGGGAGAGGCUUUUGGAAGUGGCAGAAAUGACUGGCUGAUGUUAACAAAGAGCAACAACUAAUGACAUUGCAUCUGUUGCUGCUUAUCUGCGUCUUUCUCUCUGCCUUCUUACCAGGAAAUUAAGCCAUUUCGAAUCCACGCAAAUAUGUCGUUAGAUUAAAAGUCAACAGAUUUCAAAACACGUGAUUGACUGAUACUUAGAUUUGAAUAAAGCCAAUUAAAUAAUCAUUUUCCCCUUUGAAACAAAUUCAAAUGUGACAAACUAUUGAAUUAACCUUUUCUAUUAAGGCAGCGUUGAUGCAUAGCAGGUGAUUAAGUGUCAUUAAAGAGCUCAAAACAGAGGCUGUUAAUAUGAAAAACAGCCGGCUUUACAGUGCAGUCGUAAACAUGGCUUCUCUGGUUGCACUCCAGCUUAAUGGUACCUCAGUCGAUACUGGUUGGCUUUGGAAGUAGGAUAAUGUGACAGCAAAAUAAAUGUGGCAAUGAAACAUCUUUGUAAAAUGAUGAAGAUGGAGUCGUAAAAACCUGACAGCCUUUAUGAGUCAAAGUAAAUGCCCCAAAAUAGACAAAUGCAAACAAGUUCCUAGAGAGAACUUGCGUCUCAUGAAGAUGAACAUGAGUAACUCUCCUUUUUUUACAGUCGACCUGCAGGGGGUGGACGCCAUAAAUGAAACACCUGUGCGAGAUUAUGCAGUCUCGUAAAACAGUCGCGCAAUAAAUAAAACCUUUGUGAAGCUCCUGAUGUUAAGUAAGUUGCGCACUAAUUUUUUAUGUGACGUUUUAAGGUACCUUGCACCUGAUAUGUUAUUUAUCUGUUUGGGGCUUUUUUUUUUCUCCACUUUCCACAUGUCCUCUUCUUUUAAGUGGUUGUAUAACUGUAUACAUUUCAUAUUUAUCUUGUUUUCUCUUGUGAUUUUGCUCUGGUACUUCGAGGUGCAGUGUGUGACGUUGAGGAGGGUUUGUUGGCAGAAACUGAAUAUGCUUUAAAAAUACUACUACUAAAUAGUACGGAGAGUUGAUGCAUGAUCUCUUCCCGUUCUACUUACUGCACAGUAUCUUUUGUUAAAGUUACUCUAUAUUAUCAUGCAUCCUAAUGCAUGUAAACCUACUGUAAUACUAUUAAAUUGAAGCGUUUCAUUAGAACUCUUCCAGACUGAGGCCCAAAAAGGUGUUUUAUCGGUAAUCAGAAGACCCCCAACUGAUCCAGAAACACCUAACAGUUGUAGAGUUUGAGGUAUUGCUGCUAGUCCAUAAUGCCAAGAUUAAGACAAUUAAUCUAAGCAACUUCCUAAAUUUAUUGGCUUCCUUUGGACAGAAGCACACAAACAAAUAAAACUGUUGUUGCCUUCUAGCACUAAUCCAUGUAGGAUUCACUUAAAAUAAAAUACGGGAGCAAACAUAAGUCACACGGGCUGCCAAUGACCCGGUCAUCUAUCCUGCAUCAGCAGACCUGCACCGACAUAAAGAGGAAAAUAAAAGCAAAGUUUCUCUCGGUGACAAAUCAGCGUGCACUUCAUUGCAGUGGGGAGGCUUUAUUUUCUCAGGGGGUCAAUUAGAGCUUACAGAGCUUACAAGGAAAUACUGAUACAGGCACUAAUCAAACCUACCCUGCACCUGCAGCUAGACGUCAGUGAAUGGGAGCCGUGUACUAAAGGAGGGAGCUGCUGUGACAUUCAUGAAACAAUUCGGGCAAAUUGAUGUUGAUUUUAAAUUCAUGCGACAGAAACGUAUCAAUAUCACGUAAUUUUGUUGUCACACCCGGCGACGCUGCCGUGAUUGCCAGCUUAAUAAAUUCAUUCCGGUUUACUCUGCGCUGCACCUUCGGGCACUUAUGGUCAAGUUAAUCACCAGGACAACACGAGUGCCAACAAUCUGCAUCGUCACUCGAUGCGACGCUGCUGCUGUUGUCUUAAUCAUGAAUACAGAGCAGUUGUGGAAGCCCCUGCGGAUAAGAACAUCUGCUGAACCCCAUUACUUGAAAUGUAAUUAGAAGCUUCACGACGGUAAUGUUAAUUGCGGCCGCUGUUGCACUGGACUGCAUUGAAAUGUAUACGACGACGACGACACCGGCGGUGUAUAUUUACAUUGACGUCUUGCCUUUAUGUAAUACUUAAUUCUUCAAAUCUGUUCCACUGCGCGUCGCAGCAUUCUGUCAGUAAUCACACGGCACAGAUGCACGCUGUGUAAGACGACACUCUUUCACAGCGUUCAGACGUAAUCAACCUAUAAUUGGUUUGUUAUAAUUACACGUGCUAAUCACUGGUGCCAAAAGGUGAACGUGAAAGGGAGAGUUACUCGUGUAUUUAUGAAGCAGAUGAUAAGGAUGAUGAUGUAUGUAAAGCAGCAAGGGGAAAAACAUGCACUAAAAUAACACACCUACCUGUGUCUAAAGUCUUUAUUUCUAUGACAGGGUCAGGAGGAAGCAGGAAAAGAGGAGAAGAAUCAGGAUCAAGACAUUUGCAGAUGUGCAGAAAGGGAAACUUUGACCUUUUUUUUAUUUCCAUUUAAGGACCAAUCACUCUGUCUUUAAACUGCUUUGGCAACCUUCUUUUUCUCCACAUGACAUAUAAACUCUCCUACAAAUGAAGCCAAAUGCACGGAUCGCCCCCUGGUGGCUGGCUGCAGUGUCUUUCAUAUACCUAUAGUCUAUGCACCAAAAACCUGGACAUAGUCUUCCGGUAUAUGUGAAGUAAAGGAGUUAGCCACCAGGGAGCGACGCUGCAGUCUUAUGUUACAAUUUUGAGGGAAAAUAGACAAUAAAGCAUGGCACAUGUAAGUGAACACCGGUCAAAUCACUCGAGGCUUCACAACAGGAGUCAGUUUUGCGUCCGUUUUUAUGCCUAUUUAGUCUAUUUUAGACGAUGCAUAAUGUAUAAUCCACCUCCUCCUGAUCUCUCUGCUCAUAAUUUCUGCAUCUAGGGAUCCCUUAAUCAAAACAGUAACAAAAGACUUUAAUGACAGCAUGGGAUCAUGGGAAUUGUUGUCUUCCCACCAGUGCCAGUGAAAAUCUGUCAAUACGGACUCAAGGGGUUUCGCCCCGGAAGUUUAGUAGCAGAGGGGCGGCGGCAAUGACAACAGUCCUGAAUACAAAUAUGGAGUUUUAUAAAUUUAAAGAGUCGUGGAAAAGCCUUUCAUUGUGAGGUUUACACCGAGUUAUCCUACUCAUCUCGAAUCGUAUGUGCGAUGCUAUACAAAAAUGUGGUGAAACAUCCCGAUUGACAGCUCAGAGAGACUGGAGGUUGGCGGAGCGUGACCUCGUCUUGUUCCUCAGAGCGUCUGGGGGUAGGAAAAUACAAACAAACUCAGAAAGACAAAAUCUCCCCCCUUGAAGAGUAAACACAUCCUCUCGAGAAAGUCAAUCCAGAGAAAGUGGAGAGGUGGGACUGUGGCCGAGAGACACAAACCACAGAGAGGGGAAAAAAUAUUCCACUCCAAUCUCCAAUCUCUAUAAAAACCUCAUUCUGCAUUACCACUGCUCUCCUCAGUUUGACCACUCAUAUUGAAGUAUUGAUUCUGCUGUUGUUACAUUUCCCACUAAAUGUGGACUUUACACUCACAGCGGCUGAUGGAAGUUCACAGAGCCCCACGUGAGAUGUGUUGUGCAGAGACCAUGCGUCACGUAAUCUCUUCAGCGCGUCAUGCAAAUAUACAAACAAUGACGAUAUAGUAUAUUUAUGUAAAGAAAGUGGGACUCCUUUCCUAAUGUAACAGUUUAGGUCUGUAUUGCUUUCUAAAAAUGUGAAGCUAAAUUUAAUUUGGUGAGCACAACAAGUCUUCAUCGCAGUGUUUUAUGUAUCUCUCUUUGUAAACGAAGUAAAAUAGGUGCUCGGGGACAGAAAGCAUUUCUUAAACCAUUAUUUAUCAGGGAAAGUGUUGCUGAGCAUGCACGCUCCUUAGCAGCGGCAUCCUGUUUUCCUCUCAUGCUGAUGUAAUCUUUCCGAUGCUGGAGCGGCUAAAACACUGUGCAGGUACAUUAGCAGGUUAUUGAGGAAAGGGUGGUGUGUUUUUUUUUUUUUCUUUUCUUUCUUUCUCUCAAUCAGUGACUCAGUGAACAUCCAUUACACUAACUUGCACACCACAACCCGCCGCGUCGACAGCGCGGCGACUCGUGUACUUCCGAAGGCGGCCUUCAUAUGUUUGUCAUCUCUGCGUCUCAUGUAGGAUGAGAGCGAAAUGUACAUUUAAUCAACACCUGCUACUUUGAAACAAGCCAACUGGCCGAGUCAGAGUCAUUGCUGAGAGAAGCCAAGUUGGCAUGAGGGUGUAAAUCAUCCCAAUUACACGCUGAAGACAGGAUGUCUUUCCUAAUUAUGGAGAUGGAUGGGGAAAGGAUUUCAGAUUUCUAUGGGCAGAAUAAAGAUGUGUGCGAAACAGGAA